AUGCCCGCAUCUUUAUUCCUUUCGGGACCCUGCAAAAUUUGCGGUCAGAACACUUCUGGCAAACAUUUUGGUGUGCUGAGUUGUCGAGCAUGUGCGGCAUUUUUCAGAAGAGCUGCACUUUGGAGCCCAAAAAAGGCCCAUUGUCCCAGAGGAAAUUGUGCAAGUUUUGAAAAUAAAAAUCUGAAUUGCAAGCAGUGUCGGCUCAAAAAGUGCAUAGAUGUUGGCAUGGAUAUUAGCAAAUUUCAAACAAAUCGAGAUUCUAUAUCUUCCGCAUGCAAAAAACCUGCAAUAAUCACACGUCCUCAAUCACUGGCCACAUUUCUCGGCCGGCCGGAGUUUAUGUUGUGCUGUGAGCCCGAUAAAGCGUCACCGGUCAAGUUGACCAUAGAUGUGACCUAUUUGAUUGAUAUUGCUAGAAAUAUGCUACAGAAAAAACCCACAUUCCCAAACAUGCCCUCCUGCUCCAAUAGCCUGGAAAUCCUCUCCUCCUCACUCGACAAAAUGCGGAGCCUCAAAGCCAAUGAAGGAAUAAAAUUCAUAAAGAAACUUGGCAGAGACGAAUCUCUUUACACUUGGGAGCAAGGUUUCCUCAGAGUUGUCGAAUGGUUUUCCUACUUUCCAGAGUUCAGAGAAUUAGAUGAAAGUGUGAAGCUCGAAAUCGUAAAAACUUCAUGGGUCGCUUGGACUCGUCUGGAUAAAAUUUUUGAAACAGCGGCUAAUCAGAAAAAUGGUGUUUUCGGAGACUCGAUUUUAAUGGUUGGAAACGAGUGUUGUAUGGAUAUGAACGACUAUGAAGUUGACCUAUCUUGGUGCACAAACUAUUCGCUGGAGCAGCUUGCGUACUUCUUUCUAACUCCUGAAGACAUCAAAAACUAUUGUGAAGUACUCCAAUAUAUUAAAGAUCUGGAUCCUAGUGGCAUUGAAGUCAGCUACAUGCUCCUACAGCUUUCCCUAUACCAUGCCGGGAGUAAAGGACAGGGCAAAGUCAUGGAAGUUGCUGAAAUGUUGUUGGAAGCUCAGGCGGAUAAUUUACAUAAGUAUUAUGUUGAGAAAUUGAAAAUGCCGAAUUACUCGUCGCGGUUGUCGCAGUUGAUGAAAAUCAAUCGAUUAUUGGAGGCAGAUUUGAGAUUGCGGAUUGAUAAAAAACGGAUAGCAGAUGUUUUUGAUAUUUUAAAAGUUGAUUUUUCCCACCCUGAGAUGUAUGACACAACUUAAAUGCCACACACAUAACUGUAUUCUUGGAAUUAUCAACUUAGAAUCAACUAGGCAAAUAUUAGAGAUCCAUGAUUUGGACUUUUUUGCAUUGUCUUUUAGCAUAAAAACCAAGAAAUGGGCGGGGCUUAAUUUUAUAGACUUUUCCUAAAACGUUUGCACAAAAAUUAAAAUAUUAAGCCCCGCUCAUAUAUUGGUUAGGACGCACCACAUUUAUUGAGCAUUUUUUUGAAUGAAGUUUUUUUUC